UUUCUCAAGGGGCGCAUUAGUACACGCGUCUACCGAAUUGCGGUGGCCGCUCUCAGGUUUCUCUCUAAUGCUCCUUUUUUUCUUUUUUUUGGACAGGUGUUUUUUUUUUAUAGAGAUGCCUUGCGACGCGCUCGGGUGAGGUUAGAUUUUUCGUCCUGCGACGUUUCUGCGUCUGAUCUCGCGUGUUUAACAGUUUUGAUCGAAAAUUGACGUUCGACAUGCUGUCCCGCAAAAACAAAGAUUUGCGAACGAUCAAAGAGGGAGUGGUCGGGAAAUACGUGAAGAAGGAAACGCCUCCUGAAAUGCCAAUUAUCAAUGUAUGGACGACAGAGCCAAACAGAAGGACAAGACGUAAUCACUCAACAAUGCCGAAUAUGUCCAUUCCUCAACAACCUAGUAUGGUGCAGAAGUUUGGCAAUAUAAAAACCACAACCAGUGCUGUUGGUUUAGGUAGCCACGAGGGAAAAUAUACGCCUAACAGUUCUGUUCCAGAUUUAGUGCAAAGAUUUGCCAGUCUUUCUGUUAAUACGGGAAUAAAUGACAGCAUGUUUUCGAGAACUGCGACACCUAUGUACCAUCCUGAAUUGUCGCCUGCAAUGUCCCACACUUAUAUGAAUCAGUACGCUGGAUCUGAAUAUCAAUUGGACAGAGUUCAGACACCACAAAUGCCUUAUAUGCCUUUCGACAUCGAUUCAACCGGUUAUGAAGAUUACAAUCACUCUAUGUAUCAUCAAAAUGCUGGUUACAGCAGAUGCCAUUCAGAGAGAUCGAGUUCUCGAAGCGAGCAGCAGCAGGAAGAACUGCCCUUACCACCAGGAUGGUCCAUUGACUUCACACUUCGUGGCCGGAAAUAUUACAUCGAUCACAACACCAAAACCACGCAUUGGUCGCAUCCGCUCGAAAAGGAGGGCCUACCCACAGGCUGGGAAAGAAUAGAGUCGCCUGAAUAUGGAAUUUAUUACGUCAAUCACAUUACACGUCAAGCGCAGUACGAACAUCCGUGUUAUCCUCACGAGAUACAAGCGGUGCGCGUCGUGUCACCACCUCGACACACGCACUUUCAUUCUCACAGCGUGCUCGUGCCAGCUAAUCCCUAUUUGAACGAGGAGAUACCACACUGGCUGUACGUGUACAGUAGAGCUUCUGCAGCUCUGGAUCGUAAGCUGCGCUGGGAGUUGUUUCGUUUACCAGAACUAGACUGCUUCAAUGCUAUGCUCACUAGACUGUACAAGCAGGAACUAGAGGAGAUUGUGAUGCGUUAUGAAGAAUACAGAUCAGCAUUGUUGUGCGAAAUUGAUCAAAGGCUGUUCCUAUUCUACCCAGAAUUGCGUUGUAAUAACAUCGGUAUUGCCUCACGAAGAUCUCUUCCCUAAGAGAAAGUUGUUGCUUAGAUAUAUUACAUAUCGUAUUUUACUCUCAACUGAUGGAAAGGUUCCUCGGAAGCUUUAGGAUGAGUGAUUAACUGAACAUGUCGCAUAUAUGUAGAUAUUAUAAAACUAUCGAGUUUAUCUUU